AUGCGUUCGUUCACCGUUGUUGCCGUGCUGGCGCUCAGCUUCUGCUACGUCCACGCUGCCGAUGAGCCCGCCACGAAGGAGGCAGCCGUCGCCGCCGAGGGCGGCAAGACCUACAAGCGACUCAUCCCAGCGGACGUGCUGCGAGAUUUCCCCGGUAUGUGCUUUGCCUCGACCAAGUGUGCCACGUUCGAGCCGGGCCAGUCCUGGGAACUGACACCGUUCUGUGGUCGCUCUACUUGCGUGCUGUCCGAUGACGCUCAGCCACGCCUGCUCGAGCUGGUUGAGGACUGUGGACCGCUGCCACUCGCCAACGAUAAGUGCAAGCUGGACACCGAGAAGACCAACAAAACGGCUCCCUUCCCGUCCUGCUGUCCGUCGUUCACCUGCGAGCCGGGCGCGAAGCUGGAGUACCCGGAGGUGAAGACUACCCCAGAAGCGGCCUCGGAGCAGCCAGCCAAGAACUAA